GCAUUGUUAUUAAAGUCAUCGUUUGUGGAGUCUUUGUCGCUGGAGCUAGUCUUCGUUGGUGUUGUGCCGUCGUUGAUUUCGGUGGAUUUUGUGGUGCAUCGUUAUGUUGUGCCGUCGUUGAUUUCGGUGGAUUUUGUGUUGCAUCGUUACUGGCAUUUUACUGUGGUGUCGAUUUCGGUGUCUUCUCCGAGUUCCCGCUCUUGUUAGUUCGCCAUUUUUGGUGGAUUGAGUUAUCACUUUCAUUUUUCUAG